AACACUGACAUCCUGUUUAUGACCAACAUCCUGCGCACAUCACAAUGGGUGAUCCUCGCUAUCCUAUGCACGUCCGGAUACUCGGUAUAAUAUGCAAAGGCAACAGCAAAUUAUAUAUGGCGUCUGUGCUGUGGUCGGAUCAGACCGAUGUGGUUGUGUACAGGUCCUUCCGAGACUUCAAACAACUUCACAAGCAGCUAAAGAAGAAAUUUCCACUGGAGAACCCGUUUCGCCCCCAGGACCGGGUGCUGCCCAGAUUCGGAGGUUUAGUGAUGAAGCUGAAUCUCCAGAUUAAGAUUCCGGCUCGGUGUGUAUAUCGAGUCAAGGCUCUGGAGCGCUACUGCACUGCGCUGCUGCGCUGCGAACCCAGCGUCUCUCAGUCCUCCGACCUCAUUCACUUCUUUAUUCCCAAGGAAGAAGAGCUGCAUCCUGAGUUUACACAGAACAGCAUAUUGAUUUUUCGACCAGAAGAUGCCCUUGAUGGUCAGCCAAGCGUCGACCUGAGCAGUAAACGCUUCAGUGUUGGGAACGUGUCCCAGCCAUGUAUCACCAAACUGUAUCGGUGUUUAGCGUCAUAUGCGACUAAGGAUACCAAGAACAGAUCAUUUAGUGUGACUGUGGAUGACACACUGGAAGUACUCAUUAAAGAUCCAGCUGGAUGGUGGCUGGUAGAGAAUGAAGAGAAGCGGUUAGCCUGGUUCCCUGCUCCCUACUUACAGUUGUGUGAGGAUGAAGAUGAUGAUGAGCUUGACAGUGCAGGUGGUAAAACUCUCUACUGUGCUAUAAGGACCUACAACUCAACCAUGAAGGAUGAGCUAUCGGUGAACAUCGGAGCCGUGGUCGAGGUUAUUCAGAAGUCUGACAAUGGCUGGUGGCUCGCUAGAUAUAAUGGAAAGGCAGGUUAUGUGCCAUCUAUAUACCUGCAGCCAUACUCCAACCCUAUGUUUAGUAUGCAGAAAAAGUUGCACAGCUCCAACUUAAAUCUGUCCACUCUAUCAACUGUUCUGUCUCACCCCACCAAGAAGUCUCAAUUCCACAAGUCCCACUCUAUGGAGGUGUUAUCUGAGCCUCCAAGCCACAGUACUCCAGUCCAACGCAAUGAAUUUGACAGGUGCGAGAGCAGCUUCAGUGGUGACACCGACUUCUGCUCCAGCUCCUCUGUUUAUCAGGGCCUAAGCCUGGAUAGCUCUGAGGGGGAAGAGAACCCAAGACAGUCAGAGGAUGAUGCAGGCAGUCCUGACAGUGCUUUGUGUAUAGAGCUUCAAAGCCCCACCAAUUCAGAAACCAGCAGCCCUUGCAAACAGUACCCACAGGUCCCCCCUCGUCCACAACCCCAAGAGAUCCUCACCCGCUGUACCACCUACACCCGCAAAGCAGCCCUGGAAACCCAAGCUCGCCUGUUGAGUGAUAGAGAGGUUUUGGAAUCCUGAACUGCUCUCAUGCUGACUCAUGAUACUAUUAUUUCUGACUGGUACAGUCGUUUAUGGUUGAAUUCCUUCACAUUCAAAACAAAUUUUAAAUCAAUGAACCUGAGUACUCAAAGUAUUCUAGUUAUUGUAUGCAUGUACUAUCAUCCAUCUAGCUGAUUAUAUGCUAGUAAUGUCUACAGUAGAUGGAUAGAUGGAUAUGAAUGGAUGGCUGCAUAAAUGCUAAUCUAGUGAGAGAACAUGAAUACCUCAGUUAUUUCCACUGGUAAGACUGGUUCUAAAGAUAUGUUCAAUAAUAAUGUUUGCCUUUCUUUUUCAUAGUUACAUGUCAUGUCAUAUUAUGCCAUAUCAUAAGAGGCUUGUCAUGGUAAGAAAGCAGCCUGUUAAUUACAACCCUUGACAAAGGUGCUUGACAAAGGUUUGCCAAAGUAAUCCUGAGCACAUGUGAUUCUAUCAGUUAUAGACGAAUGCCUAUAAUAAUGCGUGGGUUUCCUCCGGGUGCUCCGGUUUCCCCCACAAUUCAAAGACAUGCAGUUAGGUUGAUGUGGGGCGGCCUUGGGCUGAGGUGCCCUUGAGCAAGGUACCAAACCCCUGACUGCUCCCCGGGCGCUCUGGGCUGCCCACUGCUCUGGGUGUGUGUACGUGUGUUCACUGCUUCAGAUGGGUUAAAUGCAGAGGAUGAAUUUCACUGUGCUUGAAGUGUGCAUGUGACGAAUAAAGGUUUCUUCUUCUUUUUUAAUUGUUUUUAAACGUUUCAGUAAUUUUCUCAUGCAGUUUUUGACAAACUGGAGAUUCUCUGCCCAUCUUUGCUACUCAAAGAUUAAGCCUUUCCUAGAUACUGAUUUUGUACCAAAUCAUGAUUACAAUCACUUGUUGACAUCACCUGUUUCAAAUCACAUCAUUUAAUUGGUUUACCUCAUUACUAGCACUAAACUGCCCUAUUCCAACUUUUUUGGAAGGUGUUACGUGCCUGAAAUGCAGGAAUGGAUGUACGGUAUAUUAACAAAUGAAAUGAAGUUGAAAACUUUGAAAUUUCUUUGGUUCAUCCUGUCUGCAAUGAAAUACAAAUCAA